AUGGUUCACCAUAACUCUCCUUUUAUAAGCAUGAAGAAGGUGUUUGAUCUGAAACCGCGUCUCGUUGAACUCCGCCGCCGAUAUGUAACCGCUGGUGUCAUUGGAGACCAUAUCUUCUCCGACUGCCGGAAAAUGGAUUUACCAGCACUCCCGCAGUGGAUGUAUACAUUAGGGGAAGAGCCCCCUGCACUGAAGAGCAUUUCUUAUCACACUGAUGACUCGAAGCUAUUUACUGCACUAAGGCGAGCUCUAAACGCUGACGAAUAUGAGGAGCUAAAGGAGUCAAAGUUGGGAGUGUUCAUCAAGUUCAAUGAGCUGAAUUUUGGUUGUGCUUCAAGGCUGUUUGAACACCUCACUGGUCUGAACUGGGAUUACAUCGAGGACCUGGAAAAUCCAAGGGUUGAGGUUACGAAGGAGAUGGCUGCUUUCUGGGAGAUGAUGGGUGUUGAUGUCGAUGCGGAGCCAAAUACUGAGCAUAUAAAAGCAACAUUUGGGAGAUGCGAGGAGUGGUCUCGGGAAGAUCGCAUGCGGCUCGGUUACCUUGCCAUCUUCAAUGGAUUCAUUGAAGAGAGAAAGUACUCAACCGCUACACGGGGGAGAGUGGCGUUUAAGGUGCUGAUGGAGUCUGUGAAAUGUGUAAAUUUGGAUUCAAAUUCAUACACUGUUGAUGGGUUUGUUCAACUUCUCCAGGUGUGGGUGUACUUUGCUCUGCCAGAAUUUGGUGCUAAUUUUGGGCAUCCCCUACCAGACAGACCGUCUCCGCUGUUGCUGGCUUACAAUGGUGGCAAAGGACGCAGAUUUUUUAAAGAGGCCAUUUCCAGACAUACUAGCAUGAUCAACUGUGUCCGCAAGGACUAUGCUGAGAUGUUUCCACGAUGGGACUUUGAUAUGGAGGACCCGGCCGCGGAGAACAUAAUCAUAGUCAUGUUUAAUGCGAAAGCUAAUUGGAACUGGACCAUGAAUUGCUGGGAAGUCACCGGUACUAAACCGAGAGUGAAGAAGGAAGAGAGGGCAGCGGAGACAGAGAGUGGUGUGAAGGAGGAAAGUAGAGUACGUCGGAAGAAAGCUCGUAAAGCGGCUUCUCUUGAGGCUAGUAAAGUGCCUUCUGCUGAGGCACGUGCAGAGGCUCGUUCAGAGGCUUCUACGUCUGUUGGUGGGAUGACCAAGGAGCAUAUUGAAAAAAGCUUCAAGGGCAUAGCUGAUGUCAUGAGGGAUGGGUUUGGGAUGUGCCUUAGGGAGAUCAAGUUGCUGGGGGAUAGGAUAGAAGCUGUGGAGAAGAAAGUGGGAAUCACCAAAAAGGGGACUGCAUCUAAUGAACUUCAAAUGACAACUUCAAAUCAGGAAAAGCGUGGGCACGAACCCAGGGUUAGUACCAAAACCUCUCCCAAAAUCGCAGAGAAGAGAUUGACUAGAAAAAGUGCUAGGAAUAAGGAAUGA